UAACAGUUCGGAAAAACUCGUGUUUCGUCGCAUAGUCGUUGGUUCUUUCGGAAAUCAGAUUAGUCGUGUGAUUUUUUGCGUAUAACGAGUUGUGCUGACGAAGUGCAGACGUCUUUCAGCUGCCUUAAAAAUCGAACUUUGGUCUUUUUAAAAUUAUUUGGCUGAAACACAAACACCAUGGGUGUCCCUGCUGGUAAUGCUGAAAAUGGAAAGAAAAUCUUUGUGCAGAGGUGUGCUCAAUGCCAUACUGUUGAGGCUGGUGGCAAACAUAAAGUAGGACCUAACCUCCAUGGCUUCUUUGGACGCAAAACUGGCCAAGCUGCUGGUUUCUCAUACUCAGAGGCCAACAAAGCUAAAGGUAUUACCUGGGGAGACGAUACACUUUUCGAGUACUUGGAAAACCCCAAGAAGUAUAUCCCUGGCACUAAAAUGGUCUUCGCUGGAUUGAAGAAAGCUAAUGAGCGUGCAGAUCUAAUUGCUUACCUAAAGCAAGCAACUAAGUAAUUUUAAUGGCCUUAGGAAAACUUAAAAUAAGAGGAAUAUUCCAUUAUAUGGAAAAUACUUCUUAUUUGUUAGCGCAAUCAGUAUCACCAUUAUUUAAUAUAUUUAUUUUGAGUUAGCAAAAGUUGUGAAGUUGUUACUCAUCACCAUCAAUCUUCAUAGUUGGACGUUUGUGUGUUGUAUUUAAUGUAAAUGUUAUAAAUGUAUGACAAAAAAUUUUUUGCUGAGCAUAACAAUGUUGUGAGUGAUUUUAAUGUUAUUAAAUUAAUAAUAGACAUCCUAA